CAGAGACAGGCGUUCCUAGUGAUGCUGUAAGCGAGUGCCACUGUGACCUUGUAGGUUUAGCUCUUCUUUUUGAUUAUAAUAAUAAUGUAGUCGAGUGUUCCAGUGUCUUCUCCAUUAUUAUUAUUAUUAUUAUUUCAUUUACGUGAAGCGCUAAACCCGUGUAGGUUAGUUAACAUAGGAGAACAAAGGCUCGAAACUCAAGCUUCUAGUCGAGAAACUCAAAUCCCGGUAUCACAACGAAAGUUUUUUCCUUCUGUGACAGACGUUGGUGGAAGUAUUGAGGAAUCACAGUAGUCGACGAAGACGCUGGAGGUGUUCUAGAAAACUGCUGUAGUAAGAACAGCCUGCAAGAUCAUGGCUUCAAGCAGUGUCGUGAAAAUUAUCACUAUCUGGCUAGUUGGUUUCAGCCAUCUUGCCUCAGGCCAGGACAAUGAUAAUAAAGGAUGUAUCACAGAGAACCUUUCAGAUGUUGGGAAGACAAUACGCAUCACUAACAACAACAACCAGAGUUGGGUCAAGCCUCUGACAACACCUGCACUCCUAGACGUGGCAUAUAUUACUCCACAAGGAACAUAUAAUAUUAUGUGUACAGUUAACUUUAACAUCCCAGACGUCUGGCACAACUUGAUUAUAACUCGCUCAGUUGAUGAUAAAAACUUCACAAAUAUCACCGUGUUGGUCCCGGAGCUGGGUAACAACUGUAGCAAAAAGUUCGCUAUAUUCCACCCAACACUUUACCUCAGGAGUCACAACAACACUGUACAGUGGACCAACUGCACGACUGAUAACACCACAGGAUGUAUCACAGAGAACCUUUCAGAAGUUGUGAAGACAAUACACAUCACUAACAACAACAACAGCCACCACCAGAGUUGGGUCAAGCCUCUGACAACACCUGCACUCCUAAACGUGACAUAUUUUACUCCACAAAGAACAUAUAAUAUUAUGUGUACAGUUAACUUUAACAUCUCAGACGUCUGGCACAACUUUAUUAUAACUCUCUCAGUUGAUGAUAAAAACUUCCCCAUUAUCACCGUGUUGGUCCCGGAGCUGGGUUUCAACUGUAGCAAAAAGUUCACUCAAUUCAUCCCACCACUUUACCUCAGGAGCUACAACAACACUGUACAGUGGAUCAGCUGCACGACUGAUAACACCACAGUGGUUCCCAUAGUCCUAACACCACCAUUAGUGGUUACAAAUGUCUCGACGCCACCAUCAGCAUCAACAUGUCCACCAAAAUCAACUCACCAUCCUUUAUUCCUGGCUAGUGUUGUACUGUUCUUCAUAUUAGUUGUGGUCGUCUGGUUUUACGUCUUCAUCACCUGGCGUAUCCACAACCAGCUGUUACCAGAGAGAGGCAGUAAUGCAGGUCAAGAAGAAGAGCUUAGAACUUACGAGGAGUGGAAUGAAAACUGGCAGGUGCAAUCACAGCUGUGAAAACAAUAUGCAUGGUACAGGAGUCAAUGUGACAAUGAUUGACUGGCUUGAGUUACUCAUGUUAAAUUUCCCUACUAAAGAAAA